UUGAGUUUGUAUGUGUGUAUAAUUGAUUGUACUGUUGUAAACGUCACAGAGUGAUUGUGAUUGGUUCGGUAAUGGGCUGGCGCACCCACCGCCACUGCAAAGUGUAAAUCAGCAGUGUUUAAAUCUACAUGAGGAGUUUCGCACGCGUUUGAUUAAUUUUAUUUAGUCUCGUCGUGUCGGAGUUCGUGCGUUUAAUUCGCAUCUCAACGAAUCCCUUGGCAAGUGUUGAGUGAAUUUUUUACACAAAACAUUUUCAAUUUCAGAUACGGACUGACUUCGUUAUUAUCGAUAUCAAGAUGGGGUAGUGAGAUAUUAGGUGAUAUUGAAAAAGAAAUAAAAUAAAAUUGUAUAUCUACCGAUAGUAAAUAGUUCGUUGUGAUUAAUUUGUGAUUUUGAGAAGUGUUAUAAACCGGCAGUCAUGUAUUCCAUGAACUAUAUCGGCAAGUUUAUCGCGAAGUUCUACAACGAGAUCAAUGGUGCUACUCUGACGGGCGCCAUCGACGUGGUGGUGGUAGAACAACCCGAUGGCAGCUUCACUUGCUCGCCGUUCCAUGUGCGCUUUGGAAAGUUGGGCGUACUGCGUUCUAGGUUUAAAGUGGUUGACUUAGAGCUAAAUGGAGAGCCGCUGAACAUUCACAUGAAACUGGGAGAGUCUGGCGAAGCGUUCUUCGUGGAGGAAGUCGGGGAGGACGAGGCGGAGUGCGCGGCCCACCUCGCCACCUCGCCGAUACCUGCCACGCGCUUCGAUGACUUGUACGAACCCCGCCGACGGAACUCGCUCUCUGCUGUGGAACCUGAUCACGGACAAGCUUCGGACUAUACUAAGAGAAGAUACACUGCUGAUGGAAAGUCUAUGCAGAAACCAGACUUGAGUAAAUUAGGCAAAAAUAAAAAGGAUGACAAAAAGACAGUUGACGAUCAUGACAAUGAGGCUCUGUUCGAAAUGGACGGCCUGAACGAAGGCUCGUCUGAUUGGACAGACUCGAAACCAAAGACAUUCGCGGCCACGCAGCUCGGCGCGGCUGAGAGCGAGGCCAACCAAACGGUGCAGAAGAUAAGCGAGCAUAACGAUUUCCGACCCAUCGACGCUCCCAGCCAAGAAGAUCUCAAACCAAACAACGGUAACGGAAAGAAGAAGAAGAAGACGAGAAAAGUGAGCUCGAAGAAGAAGCACCAAAGAAAAUCAUCGACCAGUUCGAUUUCUAGUCAAUCUGAUCUCCCCAGUUCCGAGCAGCGCUCUUCACAGCCGACCUCCAUUCCUAACACCACCGAUAUCAACUUCUUCAGCGACACUGAAGUUGUCACAGGCGGUCUUAGCGAAGAGAUGUCCAACUUGAACCUGAAGGGUGACAAUCGCAUCCCACUGGCUCUAUCGGACACCGCGUUCGAGGUGCACUCCGCCUCGAGACACUCCAAGGGAUCUCGUCAUGGAACACCAGUUCAGUCAGACACAGAAAUGGAAUUACAAAGAGCUGCGAAUGGGGAUAAAUCGUCCCAGUCGUGGCGGUGGGGAGAAUUACCUGAGCCCCCAUUACGCGGAGCGCAGAUCGCGUGCCCGGAGUCCCCAGGGUCUCCCGCGUCCCCAGCGGAGCCCGCGUCCCCAACUGAGCCCUUAAGUUCUGAUGAAGAACGGACGGAACGCCGUGGAGUGUUGAGUGGCAUGUUCAGGUUCAUGUCAACGCGCGAGGCUGCGGACACUGCGCCCGGAGGGGUCUACCUCGACGACCUGGAUCGCGGUCAAGUCGAUCCCGAUUUAUACUUUCCCAAGCACCACGCGGAUCGUUAUCGGACAGUUGGUGGUAACGCUGGCAUACAAGCCGGGCCUACGGAGGAAGAGUACGAGUCGGGCAACGGGCCGUCGCUGCCGCAAUCGCCCAACUCGCCCGCCUCGCUCGACGCGCCCACCCUCGACUCGGACGACGACGAGAAACUGCUUGCCAAGGGCCAGGUGUCAGUGAUGGCACGAGAGGGCGCGGUGUCGCGCGCGCUCAGCUACGAGGAGUUCUGCAUGCAAGGCGCCGCGCUCGCCAGCACGGGGCAGCUUGAAGUGCGGCUGGGCACGCGCCGCAUGCCGUGGCGCAGCGCCGGCCCGCUGCUGCUGAGCUUGCUGGCUUACCGCCGACCGCUGCCUAACCGAGUGUUGGAGGAGCUAGAGAAAGGCGAGAAGGGCGAGGAGUCAGCGAGCAGCCGCGCGGACGAGGCCAAGCCGCGCUCCUACUCGUGGUGGUACUGGCGACGCUCCAACACCGACAAAAGGUCAGAAUCGUCGCAGCCCAAAGACGAUAUUCAAGAUGUAACACCACAGAGUGACACAGCUAAAAGCUUGACACCAAAAACAGGUUCAGUCGACGAAGACCAGGUAGACCACUGGACGGAGGGGAAGAUGGAGCCGCCCAAACAUGUGACCGAUGUCGACCCAGUCGUCAAAUUUGAGGAAGUAAUGGAUGUCGAGGAAACUACGCCAAUGAUUCCUACUCGUGAGGUCUCGGUGCGUCAUGAUCACAGUUCGUCGGACUCGGAGCACGAAACGCAUCACAUGAGGACAUCGCGGCGACAGUCCUCCUUUCGCAAGACCUUGCGGCUCUCUUCUGACCAAAUUAAAAAGCUGAAUCUCCGCGAGGGCAUGAACGAGAUGGUGUUCAGCGUGACAACGGCGUACCAGGGCACCACGCGCUGCAAGUGCAACGUGUUCCGCUGGCGCCACGACGACAAGGUCGUCAUAUCCGACAUCGACGGCACCAUCACCAAGUCGGACGUGCUGGGCCACAUCUUCCCGCUGGUGGGCAAGGACUGGGCGCAGUCAGGCGUGGCGCAGCUCUUCACCAAGAUCAAGAACAACGGCUACCAGCUGCUCUACCUGUCCGCGCGCGCCAUUGGACAAGCAAGGGUGACCCGAGAAUACCUACGCUCAAUAAAGCAAGGUGAAGUGUGCCUACCGGACGGGCCCCUGCUGCUGAACCCCACGUCCCUGCUGCGCGCCUUCCACCGGGAGGUCAUCGAGAAGAAGCCAGAGGAGUUCAAGAUCCAGUGUCUCGCUGAUAUCAAGGCGCUGUUCCCGGCGGGCUCCAACCCGUUCUACGCGGGAUAUGGCAAUAGAGUCAAUGAUGUCUGCGCGUACCAGGCCGUCGGCAUUCCCAUCGUGAGGAUAUUCACGAUCAACUACAAGGGGGAGCUCAAGCACGAGCUAACCCAGACAUUCCAGUCGACGUACUCGCAUAUGUCGGUGUUAGUGGACCAGGUGUUCCCGCCGGCGCAGUGCGAGCCGAGCGACGAAUUCUCUCAGUGCGCGUACUGGCGCGAGCCGCUGCCCUUACUGGACUUGCCUGCCCACGCGGCGCCCGCUCCGCAUUAGACUCGUAUAUACAGCACGUGAUGACAGAUUAACACGAUAUCAAUGGACACUUGCGUAUGUGAAAAUUACUAUUGAUAACAAAUCAAAUAUUCAACGUGUCGAAGAAAUUAGGAAAUCGCCAGUAAAGAAAUGUUUAAACCCUGAAAAGGUUCUUGAUGAAACUAAGGUGGAAGACCAAUUGUGUGCUGAAGACGUUUUCCAAAAUGAUAAGAAAGCCUGCGAUAUUGGCGUUCAAGCUUCAUUCGAGUUUAAUUCUGUGUCCGCGCCUAGUAUUACAGAUAAUAUGAGGGGUGAGGUUCUUCUACCAGAUUCAAAUAAAACAAAAUGACAGUGCACAAUGGGACAUUAAUAAAACACAAUUUUCCCUAUGACCUAGGCACGAAAUUUGGUACAGGGAUAGCUAUCCCGGGCAUGGGCAUAGACUAUUUUCUGUCGCGGGAGAUCAAAGAGGUCUCAUGGGAACCCAAACAACCUAUAUCCACGUGGAUUAGAUUUCAGGCAUCAUUUAAUAGGUACAGAGAUAACUUUUAUCCUGCAGAUGAGAAAGAGUGCCCAGAAGUCGCGGCCAUCAUCAUCUAGUCUAAAUCUAUUUUAAUACUAGAACUACAAUAUAUACUGGUAAUAAUUAUUAUACCCACCUUGCACCGCGACUUUUGAAAACCAAAGCCUAAAACAUUGUGUGGCUAAAACAUGUAUUCCAAACAAUGUCUAGGCUUUUUGCCUGUAACAGGCGUUAUAAAAUUCCAUGCAUUACAAGCAGGGUGAAUAGUGAACAGCUCAAAAAGUGUGGACUGUAAUAAACUGUAUGGACAUUUGAAUUGUAUUGUACGUAUGAAUAAACUAGCGAAUUUUAACAAUUCCAUUGUGUAGUGUUUUUAGAUUAGCAUAUAACGCGUCAUUUUCAAUGGAGUUUCUAAGACUAACUCCAUUAAAAAUAUAUUGAAUCCAAGUAUAUUUCUAGCUAGGACGUCGCAAUAUGGCGGACACGGUUUCUCUUUUUUAGUUUGAACGCGUUAUAUCUAUACAUUUCGUAGCGUUUGUGAGAUUUAGGUUGGGUUGACAUGACGGUAUCGUUAGGCUUAGCAGUAAGAGCACUGUAAGCUUCUAACUACAACCUGUUUAGCAAGUUCAGUCUCAACUGCUCGUCCCUGUCUAGUUUGAUGAGACACAAUAAUCACGCAAAAGCUUGUAUGUUAGCUGGUCAUAUGACGACCAAUCAGGUCAACUGGUGACCUUAAAUUACGUAACGAGAUUUCUCGUAUUGGGUUUUGACCCCUGCAUCGCUCGGAAAAUACUACGUUUUUAGAUUUAAUUUUUUCUUCACACGCGCUCCGUUUCAAGUGUAUCCGUUCUAUAGAGUUAGUACGAGUUUGCAUAACGACAACGUUGAUAAAUUCAUGAAACUUAGAAACGUUAAAACACUGACGUCAAAGUAAAAAUUAAAAAGCCUGUAAUAAAAUCAGGAAGUGCACCAAGCGUUACAAAACAAAAUGAUCCAAGACUUUUCGAUUGCUUUUUGAUUGAAGUGGCGAACUUCUAGCGUUGCAUUAGCAUUAAAUAGCUAUUGUCAGCAAAAGAGGGAGCACACCCGCACCCGCCGUUUUCGUGGCUGGUAUUUAUAGUGCUGCGUAAUGCCUAAUGUUCUAUCAAAGUUGCAGAGGUGUGCAAACUCGUACUAAGGGUACCGAUUGUUCAAUAGCCGCAUUAGGUGCAUAUGCCUAGUAUCGUUGUGCGGGUAAACCCGUCGUAGAGUAGAUGUAGCUUAGAUUGAUGUGACGUUGAUAUUAAUUUACUUAGUCUGUGCAGAAUAAUGUACACGUGAUGUAGUUGAUCUCAAGCUCACAGCUAUAUCACGAUGGGACAGAGUUGCCGUUGGCGACGUGACAAAUAUAGUGAUAGCAAACAUAACCAUAGUAAAUAUAAUUUAUCUUGUAUAAUAUCUACCAAUUUACCAUAUUUACUAAGUGAUCUACUUGUUUACUGGGGUUCCCAAUUACUAUUAGAAGUGCAACUCUGUUAGCUAAGUGAAGUGCAGCAUUAGUUAUUCAAAUAGCAAAUAAUUACAAACUAUAACCAGAUAAGGUUAGUUUUAAGUUACAUCUUAAAUCAACUGGAUGAUAUUUUUCUUUCGGGUUUCAAAGACUGUAAUUUCUUAGUUGCGAUGAUCUAAGAAUUAUAUUUUGCCGAUUGUGAUGUUAGAUGAAAAGCAAUGCUUUACUAUUGUACUGUGAUUAUUUGUUUUAUAUGUAAGUUAUUUUGUUAAAAAUAAAAAGAUUAAAUUUAAAUUAUACUUAUUUUGUCUCUAGAAAGGCUAGGCCAUUGCUAGAUAAGUAUUUUAUUUUUGUAUGAAUUUAGAAUGCUUAGUAUUGAAAUAUUUUUGAUUUAGAUAUUGCAUUACAAUAAAUGAUUAAUAAAAAAACGCUAGUAUAAUCUGAUUUGAUGUACUUUUUUAUAUAUUAAUAUAAUUAAUUUCCUCUGUGAUUUAAAUAUAUUAUGUUCUAGAUGUG